AUGAGGCUUUUUCUUGGGAUCAUCUUUUCUCUGGGGAUGAUGAUUCCUGGAAAACUCAGCUUGAAAUUGCAAUAUGACAGGGAUCAGGUUUUGCAUAUUGUGCCAGAAACAUUUCAGCAAGUCCAGCAUCUUCAGCAUCUUUGCAGCACUUUACUGCUGGAUUUGUGGAAGCCCCUGCUGCCUGAAGAUAUCUGGGCUGGAGAAGACCUGCACAUAAGGGUCCCGGCCCCUCUGGUGCAGGAGGUGAAAGACAGCUUAGAUCAGCAUAUGAUCUCUUACAAAGUCCUAAUACCUGACGUGCAGGAACUGGUGGAUCAGAGCAUGCGCAGGGGGGGGGGCAGCCACAGGCAGGUCCCAGAAGGUUACGUCUACACCCAAUAUCAUCCAAUGGAAGAGAUUUAUCAAUGGAUGACUCAGAUCCAGAAAAGCAACAGUGAGCUGGUGACUCAGCACUACCUGGGGAAGACAAUUGAGAAUCGAACAAUGUAUUAUUUGCAGAUCAGUCAACCAUCAGAUAAAACCAAAAAGAUCAUUUGGAUGGACUGUGGGAUUCAUGCCAGAGAAUGGAUCUCUCCAGCCUUCUGCCAGUGGUUUGUGAAAGAAAUUCUUCAAAAUUACAAAUCUGACCCAAAGAUAAGGAGAUUUCUGCAAAAUUUGGACCUCUAUGUCUUGCCAGUUCUCAAUAUUGAUGGCUACAUCUAUUCCUGGGAAAAAGAACGUUUGUGGAGGAAAAACCGUUCUCCACAUAUGAAUGGCACCUGCUACGGGACAGACCUGAACCGGAACUUCAAUUCCUCCUGGGGCAGUAUUGGUGUUUCUUAUAACUGCAGCAGUGAAAUCUUCUGUGGAUCUGGACCAGAAUCAGAGCCUGAGACAAGAGCUGUGGCUCAGUUUAUCAAAAGGAAGAAGAGUGACAUUUUGUGCUAUUUAACAAUUCACUCCUAUGGACAGUACAUCCUCACUCCCUAUGGUUCCACAACUAAACCUCCAAGUAACAGUGAAGAACUGAUGCAAGUUGCAGAGAAAGCAGCUGCUGCCCUGAUGGGAAAGUAUGGGACCAGAUAUAAAGUAGGAUCAACCUCUUCAAUUUUAUACAGUAACUCAGGCUCCUCACGGGACUGGGCUCACAUGAUUGGCAUUCCUUUCUCCUACACAUUUGAACUGCGAGACAAGGGUACUCAUGGAUUUGUUCUACCCCCUGACCAGAUCCAACCCACAUGUGAAGAGACUAUGUUGGCUGUGACAACUAUCAUAGACUAUGUUGAUCAGAAGUACUUCCCAGGUGGGGCUGUGAUGCUGACCUCCAGCAGCCUGGGCCUGAGCCUUUGCCUGAGUGUUGUACUUACAUGGACUGUUUCUUAA